CUCUUCUUUGCGCAACUGCUAGGACUUCUCAAGUGCAUGUGGCAACUCAAUCCAGCUCCGGGUGGAAACCGGCGGGGCUUCGGAGGGUCUCGAAGGCCAGGGGAGCUGUCAAGGCUGCAGCGGGGACCGGGGAGGAUCGAGGCGCAGGCGGCUGGGGGGAAACACCCACAAUUUCCACCCCAGCCGCAGCUCCUUCUGCCGCCGCCUAUUUCUUCCAAGACUACAGCUGCGGAGCUACCAAGUGCAUGGGGCGCAACAUUUCCCCUUAUUGUGGGAAGUAAGGAGGCUGCUCUUCCACUUUUUUCUUUUCUUUUUUUCCCCCAGCUUGUCCUGGGGGCCUUUUUCUUCGGAGCAGUCGCCGUCCCCCGUCUGUCGUGCGCUCCGAGGAGGGGUACUAUUUUUCUGCCUGGAAAUAAAGUCCUUGAACAUCCCUGCAAUGAAGAGAGCCCAGGAAAAUUCCUUUUUGAAGUAGUUCCAGGAGGCGAUCGAGAUCGGAUGACAGCAAAUCAUGAGAGCUACCUCCUUAUGGCGAGCACCCAGAAUGAUAUGGAAGACUGGGUCAAGUCCAUCCGCCGAGUCAUAUGGGGACCGUUUGGAGGAGGCAUUUUUGGACAGAAACUGGAAGAUACUGUCCGUUAUGAGAAGAGAUACGGACACCGUCUGGCUCCAAUGUUGGUGGAGCAGUGUGUGGACUUUAUCCGACAAAGGGGGCUGAAGGAAGAGGGUCUCUUCCGACUGCCAGGCCAGGCUAACCUUGUCAAGGAACUGCAGGAUGCCUUUGACUGUGGAGAGAAGCCAUCCUUUGACAGCAACACAGAUGUACACACAGUGGCAUCACUUCUUAAACUGUAUCUCCGAGAACUCCCAGAACCGGUUAUUCCUUAUGCCCAGUAUGAGGAUUUUUUGUCUUGUGCCAAACUGCUCAGCAAGGAAGAGGAAGCUGGUGUUAAAGGAUUAGCAAAGCAGGUGAAGAGUUUGCCAGUGGUCAAUUACAACCUUCUCAAGUAUAUUUGCAGAAGGAGCAUGUAUCCUGGCAUGAGAAAGAUCUGCCCGGGAGUCCAGAUUCUACCACUGACUACUUACGUGUCUUUAUGCAAUUUUCUUAUCCUCUUUGAGACUAAAGAUCCUAAUAGGUUCUUGGAUGAAGUACAGUCCUAUUCAGGAAUUAACAAAAUGAGUGUGCAGAACUUGGCCACUGUCUUUGGCCCUAAUAUCCUGCGCCCCAAAGUGGAAGAUCCUUUGACCAUUAUGGAGGGCACUGUGGUGGUCCAACAGUUGAUGUCAAUGAUGAUUAGCAAACACGAUCGCCUCUUCCCCAAAGAUGCAGAGUUGCAAAGCAAGCCCCAGGAUGGAGUGAGCAACAACAACAGCGACCUUCAGAAGAAAGCCACCGUGGGUCAGUUACAGAACAAGGAGAACAAUAAUACCAAGGACAGUCCUGGAAGGCGGUGCUCUUGGGACAAGUCUGAGUCUCCCCAGAGAAGCAGCAUGGAUAACGGAUCCCCCACAGCUCUAUCAGGCAGCAAAACCAACAGCCCAAGGAACAGCGUUCACAAGCUGGAUGUCUCUAGGAGCCCCCCUCUCAUGGUCAAAAAGAAUCCCGCCUUCAAUAAGGGCAGUGGGAUAGUCACCAAUGGGUCCUUCAGCAGCAGUAAUGCAGAAGGACUUGAGAAAGCCCAAACCACUCCCAAUGGGAGCUUACAGGCCAGAAGGACCUCUUCCCUGAAGGGGUCUGGUACCAAAAUGGGCACCCACAGUGUACAGAAUGGAACGGUGCGGAUGGGCAUUUUGAACUCAGAUACCCUCGGGAACCCCGUGAAUGGUCGCAGCAUGAGCUGGCUGCCCAAUGGCUACGUGACCCUGAGGGAUAACAAACAGAAAGAGCAAGCUGGAGAGUCGGGCCAGCACAACAGACUCUCCACCUAUGACAACGUCCACCAACAGUUCUCUGUGAUGAGCCUUGAUGACAAGCAGAGCAUCGACAGUGCCACCUGGUCCACUUCCUCCUGUGAAAUCUCCCUCCCUGAGAACUCCAACUCCUGCCGCUCCUCCACCACCACCUGCCCGGAACAAGACUUUUACGGUGGGAACUUUGAGGACCCCGUUUUGGAUGGGCCCCCGCAGGAUGACCUUUCCCACCCUGGGGACUAUGAAAACAAAAGUGACCGGAGGAGUGUGGGCGGUCGAAGUAGUCGUGCCACCAGCAGCAGCGACAACAGUGAGACCUUUGUUGGCCAGACCAGCAACCACAGCGCACUGCAUAGUUUAGUGUCCAGCCUGAAGCAGGAAAUGACCAAACAGAAGAUAGAGUAUGAGUCCAGGAUAAAGAGCUUAGAACAGCGAAACUUGACUUUGGAAACAGAAAUGAUGAGCCUCCACGAUGAACUGGAUCAAGAAAGGAAAAAGUUCACAAUGAUAGAAAUCAAAAUGCGAAAUGCCGAGCGAGCAAAAGAAGAUGCAGAGAAGAGAAAUGACAUGCUUCAGAAAGAAAUGGAGCAGUUUUUUUCCACAUUUGGGGAGCUGACAGUGGAACCCAGGAGAACCGAGAGAGGAAACACAAUAUGGAUCCAGUGAGGCUGAUUUCUCCCACUGUCUCCAGUGGCUCUGGGGAAGACUCUGGGGGUUCUCGUGGGAAUAUUAUAUAGGAUCAGGUGGCUGGUCACCUGGCUGUACAGAGCUCUAACUGGGGAAGACAUAUCAUUUACAGACAUUGCCCAUCCAUAUCUGCAGUGUGUACCAAAGUUGUAUCAUGCCCCAUAAUGCUACUGUCAAGUGUUACAACUGGAUAUGUGUAUAUAGAGUAGUUUUUAAAAAGUAAACUAAAAAUGAAAAACAUAUCUCAAUAAUUAUUUUAUUGCAAGUCUUGUAUUUAAAAUGUUAAAUCAGUAUGUCAUUGCAGUUUAGCUUGCUUUCAAGCUUCACCCCUUGCACUUAAGCUAUUUUUGGCAUUGUGUUAUCAUCAGCUUAUUUUAUAGAUCAAUAUUUUUAUUUCCCCUUUUGCUGAGGAAAUGAAAAUAAGCAGAUAUAUAAAUAUAUAUAAAUAUAUAUAAGAUGAGUUAUUAAAAUCAAAAAGAAUACUUUGUGGCUGUGCUGUUUGUGCCAAUGGACUUUGCCAUGACCAAAAAGAGAAAUGUAAAUAAUUUUAUAAAAUACGGUAGAAUCACCAGGAACCUUUGAAUUACUCUGUAAAUUCUGCCCUUGACACUGCUCAAUUUUCUUGGUGAGAUGUUUUGACACAGGAGAUUUUGGACCAGUAAAAAAGUCCCCUUCUCAAGCCCCCUGGUCUGCCUUGCCCAUUCCACAGAUGUAUGUCCCCUAUGCAGGAUGCACCUUAGAUGAGAAGUAUGGUUAUUUUUUAAAAGAGCAUUUAAGCAGUCAUGCCUUGAAUUACUCUGUCCUUCUACUGGAUGGUUAUGAGGGAGAUUCUUCCUGCCAUUGGGAAGUUGAAGAACAAUGCUGGCUAACCAGUGCCUACAUUGAGCACAUGUCCUCUAUUCCAACCCCGCACCCCUCACUUCCCCACCCACAACGCAAACAGUGAAAUAGUAUUACCGUGUCUCUCUCAGUUAAACUGCUAGAGUGUGUGCCAUAUAUUCUGCUUUCACUCAGGCCUGCUGCUCUGUUGUCGUCUAGGAUUCUUUCUGCACAACAGAGGGUAAAGGCAGUUUGCAGCAAGUGGGAGCUGAUGCAGGGGAAGGGGACCAGAAGGAGGAGGAGACAAGAUUGGAAGAAACUAACUAUUUUGCUUCUAAUUUGUACAGUAUUCUCCCCUGUCAAAAACAUUUAUUCACAAUAAAUUUAAAAUGUGAAUCUUUAAA